GAACCGGAAGAAACCCGUUGGAUGCAAGGGGGGGCCCGAGUUCCAUUUCUGUCUAAUUAAUCGACAAACUUUAAAGCCCUAAAAACCCCCAAAAAAACACAGCAAAAGGCAUUGGCAGAAGAAAAGCUUAGUGAGUGAGCGAGGUUUUGAAUAUUUCAACGACACCAAUGGAGAAGAGAAGCAGAGACGAAAAGAUUGGUAGUGGAGGACCACUCCAUUCCCACAACCGAGCACCGACAGGUCCACCAGCUUCUUCUGGUAGACCAUUCCCUAAUCAUCCUCAUCCUCCUCCUCCUCCUCCUCCUCAGUCCAGAGCACCACCACCCUCAAUUCCUCGACCCCGCUUCGAACCCGUCGAUCGCGAAAAGACAUGCCCUUUGUUGCUUCGGGUUUUUACCAAGCUUGGAGGCCAUCACAGCGAAGAAGAUUUUGCGGUCAGAGGCAAGGAGCCCAAAGAUGAAGUUCAAAUUUAUACUUGGAAGGAUGCAACACUUCGUGAGCUAACUGAUCUUGUCAAAGAGGUUGCUCCUGAGGCAAGGAGAAGAAAUGCAAAACUGUCAUUUGCUUUUGUAUACCCUGAUAAACGGGGUCGAUUUGUGUUGAAGCAGGUGGGGAUGACCCAUUCCUAUGGGAAUGGAAGACGACUAGAUGAUGGCAAGGCAUUAGGUGACCUUGACUUCCAGAUUGGAGAUUACCUGGAUGUGGCUAUUCUAUGACAGAGAAAAUGGGGUUAGCUGGUGCCUUUUCUAUGGCUGGUUGCAACUUGAGUGACUUGGAAGGGCCUCUCAUUUUUAAACAGCCUUUUGAGUUGGUUUGAUUUCCAGUUUGGAGGGAAUGUGUUUAUUUCUGUAUUUGCUUGGUUCCAAAUGCUUGAUGAGGUUAUUUUUUAGGUUGUCCGUUUUUGCUUUGAUCUGUAAUGUCAUUUGUGUUUAUACAGUUCAACGGUGAUAGAUGGUGUGUAUUAUUCCUAUUUUAUCAACAAUUAUAAGCAGGAAAUUAAGCAUUUUAUAAGCAAUACAUGAGUUUUCAAUUAA